ACAGUGAAGAGUCCCGCGCCUUGAAUAUGCUAACAACAAGGCCCUCCUGGUUAAGGAAAGAAGAAAAUGGCCGGGGUAAUAAUGGAUGCUCAACCACAGACUGGCACUGAGACCGGGAUGAAGAAGUCUUCAGAAUGGAGAUCCAAUGCGCUCGGUUGAAGUCCGGCAGCACUUGAAUUGAAAUGAGAAUUCUGUCUCAGAUUGACGGAAACGACGGAGGAAAAGAGUGGGGAGACGUGAAUCAUUGAGAGAGAUGAAAAAGUAAGAGCAGUGGAGAGAGAGUAUAAAAAGAGACGACGAUGGGAAUGGAGAGAUGCAUGCGAGUGAGUGUGUGUGAGAGAGAGAGAGAUCAACGGUGAGCUAAGUCCGUUAGCGGUUGGUGGGUGGGAGAGGGACAGGAGCCAGGAGGAGACGCGUGUUGGCGGGGGCACUUGCUUUCCUCUGCGCAGAGGAGGAGAAAUUUCUCGCCCCUUCCUUCUCCUUCUUCUUCAUCCUGAACGAGUUCGCCAUUGUCGCGUAGAAGGAAGGGACAUGCAGGAUCCACCUUCCUUCGCCUCCCUCCGUACAAACUCUUCUCCUUCUCCCCCUCCCAACCUGCUUCUCCCUCCUUCACGACUCCCUCCCUAGCAAGCCGCUUUUCCCCGUGCCAUCCCCCAGCUCUCCAUGGCGCCCUCCGACUCCGUCCCUUUGGCUGUGUUCCUCCUCAUCUCGAUCCACUUGAUCUUGUCAGAACAAGCCCACGGCAGAACGUUCAGCUUGGAGGUCCACCACAGGUAUUCCGAUCACGUCCGCCGGUGGUUGAGCUAUACAGCUGGAGUCUCCGUCGAGGACUGGCCGGAGCAGGGCAGUGUUGACUACUACGCCGCGCUCUCCCACCACGACCGGGUGUUUCGUGGCCGGAAUCUAGCCGGAGAUGGCGCGCUGGUGUCGUUCAUCGACGGGAACAUGACUCUCCACCUCAAUUCCUUGGGAUUCUUGCACUACACGACUGUCGAGAUAGGGACGCCGGGCGUUAGGUUUCUGGUGGCUCUAGAUACGGGUAGCGAUCUUUUCUGGGUGCCGUGCGAGUGCACCAGUUGCGCUUCCUCUAAACCCGCCGUCAGUGGUUUUCCGGGCAUUGAGCUCACCAUUUACAGUCCUCGUGAGUCUACCACAAGCAAAUAUGUCCCCUGCAAUGCUAGUCUUUGCAAUUCACAAAGGGAAUGCUCCGGAAUGGCUAAUCAAUGCCCUUACACGGUAUCUUAUGUUUCUGGUGGCACUUCAUCUUCAGGGUUUCUAAUGGAGGAUAUUCUUUACCUAACCACAGAAGAUAGCCAACCAAAAGAAAUCCAUGCCUCAGUUGUAUUCGGUUGUGGACAGGUUCAGACUGGUUCCUUUCUGGACGGUGCUGCUCCUAAUGGUUUAUUUGGACUUGGGAUGUCUAAGUUAUCUGUACCCAGUGUGCUAGCUAGUUCUGGCCUUAUAGCAGAUUCUUUCUCCAUGUGCUUUGGUCGUGAUAAUGUUGGAAGAAUCAACUUUGGGGACAAAGGUAGCAAUGACCAAGAAGUAACCCCACUUUAUGUGGACACAUCACAUCCAACAUACAAUGUCACUAUUACUGAAAUAGAAGUGGGUGCUGAACAUAUCAAGUUAGAGACAGGGCUUUCUGCAAUGUUUGACACUGGAACCUCUUUCACUUAUUUAACUGAUCCAACCUAUACUCUUGUUGCGGAGAAUUUCAACUCACAAACUCGUGAUGCUCCAGAUAAGCCUGAUUCAAAAAUCCCAUUUGAAUAUUGUUAUGAUAUGAGUUUGGACAAAAAUUUUACACUUAUCCCAAUCACUAUAACAAUGAAAGGUGGCGGCAAAUUUCCUGUUGCUGCUCCCACAAUUUCGAUGUCUACUUCGGUUCAACUUAUGUAUUGUCUAGCCAUUGUGAAGAGCAAGGACUUGAACAUCAUUGGACAAAAUUUUAUGACAGGUCACCGCAUUGUCUUUGAUAGAGACAAGCUUGUCUUAGGUUGGAAGACAUUCGACUGUUAUGACACCGAGGGUUCAGCUACAUUAUCAGUAGGCUCGUCCUUGCCACCAGCGUCUACUGCGGUCCCCAUUACUUUCAAUCCAGAAGACACGAUAAUAAAUGGAACCGCUCAGUUUUCAUCUGCACCAGCUUUUAGCCAUGCUAUUAGCUCGAGUUUUCUGCUAGGUUUCAUCGUGAUCGUGUUUAUUCUUGCAUUGAAGUUCUAAAUUUUACCCCUCCAACUGGCUGUACAUGGAAUUUAUUCUCCCCAUGUACCAUCUUCAUGCUUGUACACUUUUUAGGCUUUUUAACCUUUCUACCAUAGGCGCUUCUAGAUUGAAAUUCUCUGUUGUACACAGGAACUGGGAUUUUCAGUUUGUAAAUAUGAUACUAGAAAAUAAGAUCUUUGUCAACUGUGAA